AUGAAGUCAUCGCAAAGUCCAGCAUUCAAACGCUUUCUAUCCGAAUUUACGCUAGGUUUCUCGGAUGGACUUACAGUACCUUUUGCCCUCACGGCUGGGCUCAGCUCUCUUGGAAAGACGGAUACUGUCAUUACUGGUGGAUUAGCAGAGCUAUGCGCAGGCAGCAUCAGCAUGGGGAUCGGAGGAUAUCUCGCAGCACGAGACGAAUGCGCGCCUUGCGAGCCCAAGUCCAAAGAUUUGGAGGACUCAAGAGAGAGCCAUGAGAGGAAUAGCGAAAGCGACUACAUGGUUGAGCAAUCCGAGAAGAUGCAGAUGCAAGCGGAGGAGUUGGUGCGACAACAUCUCGAGCCUUUAGACCUCCCAAGUUCAACAGUCACGACAAUCCUCAACACAAUUCAACAAGAACCAUCAGAUCUACAACGCAUGGUAUCGCGUCUAAAUUCGUUAAAAGACGACAUAUCACCCUCACAAUCGACGCCUCAGUCACCAAUCAUAUCUGGCCUCUCGAUAUCGCUAGGCUACACCAUCGGCGGCAUCAUUCCCUUAUUUCCCUACUUCUUUACCAGCACAGUUGGCCUCGGUCUCCAAUGGAGCUCAUGUCUCUGUCUCUUGGUAUUGUUUGCCUUUGGAGCUGGCAAGAGCUACAUCCUACAAACGGGAGACGCGUCAGUGCGUUCGUGGAUGAUCGAAGGGCUACAAAUGUUGAUCUUGGGUGCUUUGGCUGCAAUAGCGGCUGUGGCGUGUGUAACUUGGGUUGGAGCAAAUUGA